AUGGAUGUAUCUGAAGACGUAGACUUUGAUUUUUUUGAUACGCCAAGGAAUGACAACGUCUUAAUCCCAAAAUCAAUGGAAACUACCGACAAAAAGCCACCCGGUUCGGCAAGUACCCACAAGCAGAAAAAACAUGGCGACCUGUCAGAUGGGAAACAGCCUGGAAAUAUGGUAAUGAAAGAUAAGAUUUCUGUGAAAGAGGAGGAAAAGUAUGAAUAUAGUGAUGACACAUUCAGCAGUUCAGAUUCAGAGUCUGAUACUCCUCGUUAUGAAAGGGCAUCUUCUCAUAAGAAAUUAUCUGAAUUGAAAAAGAAACCAAAAACAAACAAUCAUAGAAAAAACAGUACCACAGAAAGCUCAAGUGCCUAUUCUAACUCUGAAUAUUCUUCAGAUGAUAAUGAACAGAAUGAAGAGGAAGGUCAUAUGUUUAAAAAGGAGGUGAUAGAUGUUCACAUUCCUAAAGCACAUGUUGAAGCAUGGAGUGAGGGGGGCUCAAAUAGUAAGAAACACAAUGACUCCAAGCAAAGUAGGUACAUAGAAGAAAAAGGAAGAAAACAUCAUCAGAAAAAAGCUAUGUCUGAGUCAUCAGACAGUGAAAUUGAUGACGAAAAGGGUAUAUGCGAAUCAAGGAGUUCAGCUAAUUUGAAAAGUGGAAAAGCGAAGAGCACAAAUUACAGGAGAACAAGAGGCAAUGGCAGAAAGAAGCCAUUAAGGUCAAGCAGUUCAUACUCAAAUAACAGUGAUAUUACUGAUGUUUCCCCACUUGAAAGUCCACAAAAUAGUCCAAGAUAUUCGCGUAAAAGUACUUAUGACAGAGAAGGAAAGGAGAAUGGAAAGAAUGUGCAAUAUUGUGAUUCAAGCUCACCUGAAAGGACCACCAGUCAUUCAAUUAAUCUAGAAUCAGAUGAGAUAGAUCUGAGUAUAUUGAUGAAAUGUAUGGCAGAUAUUGACAGGGAAAAGCAAGAAAGACUAAAAACUAAUUCUAGACGAGUAAUGUUUGCACAACCUGCAGGAGCUGGUGAUAGAAAAAGUAAAGGAAACUACACUUUUUCAAUGAAUCAGGCAAAACUAAUAGAAAAAGAAAACCAGAGGCUUCUUAAGCAGAUUAUGAAUCAGAUGAAUUCAACUACUGCGAAAAAAGCACCAGUCUCUGCUCCACGUCAGCGAGGACCAAAGAAAGUUGUAGCACCAGUUUUUCAAAGAUUGACACCAUCAGCAGUGAAUCGUAUGCGGGAACAAAGGCGGAUAGAACAAGAAAAUAUGCAAAUGCUCAGCAGAUUACAAACUGUUAGACCAUCUCAAGGGAUGUCCCGUAAGGAACAGAUCAAUGAAGCUCAGCGUCAGAUGUCAUAUGGAGUUCCAUCUGGUACAUUGAUUAUUCCAGGUCAAAGUUCACAUUAUGACACAAUGUCUCACAGAUCCCUUCACAGUUCCAUGAGUCAUACAGCAGGUUCCACUCAGAGAUCAAGGCCAUCAAGUGCAAAAUCUAAUGCUUCAGUUUCUUUGGCCCCUGGGAAGAGGUCAAGACCUUCAAGUGCAAAGUCUAACGCCUCCAUGAGGUCAAAUGCAUCUGUAAUGUCGAAUGUCUCAAAAAUGUCAACUGCUUCAGUGCGCUCCAAUGUAUCUAGACGCAUGGCAGAUGGUAGGCUAGAUAAAAGACCAGAAUGGAAUGAUAGAUUUUCAUUUUCUUGAGUAUGUUCAAAUACACAUGGAAUGAUAUAUUGUUGUACAAGUUCCUGUCAGUCAGGCAUCAUUAUUUUCUGAAAAUUAUAUGGCAAGGCUAAGUGUUGCAGUCAAUACUCUUUAGAGAAAAACAUUUAAACUUUAAAUACUUAGCCUCUAUUUUGAAAAUAAAAGUCAUGUAAUUCACAGAACUGUUUUCUGUAAAGAAACAUAUUUCAUUAUCAGUUCCUACCUUUUGUACUUUUAACAAGAUAUCAGUUGUACGGGCAUCCACAUGGUGUCCUUAAUUGACAGAUUGUCUUCAUUCCAAAUUGUUUGUUUUCCACUAUUCUUACCUAUUUGAUAAUGCAAUUGUUUGAAAUGUGGAAAUUGUAUCUUUUAGAUUUCCAAAAUUAAGAAUGCAUAAAAAAAUAUUACUGAAUAAUUUGGCCAAGCCUUAACCAAUGUCUCAUAUUUACUUGAACUAACUGCAAGAUUAAGUGAGUAUCACAAUACACAUUCAUUGAUACUGUUUGAACAAAGGACAUUUUCUGUAAAUAUCCUGAUACAAUAUUGUUCAGAUUACCAUAUUUUCACUCUGAAUAGAAUGCAUUAAGUUGCCUUUCCCAUAAGGGGUUGUUGUAUGGUGUUUAAAAAAACAAGAGUGAAAUAACAUACCUUAAAAGAAAUGCUGAUGGAACUGUAAAGUUUCUUCAAUAUACCAAGAAUUAAUAGACAGAACAAGUUAGAGAUACCCAGUGUUGACUGUAGAUUGGUACUGGGAUUCUACACUUCAAGUCAGUUUGUUUCUCACAUAUUGAGCAGAGGUAUUAAAAACAGUAGACUACUACUUUGUGAUUAUUUUGAACAAAAUUAAUUAUCAAGUGCUUAGAUAUCUUGGUACAUGGUUUAUCAGAAAGAGCCCAUGUUUAUAUAUGCUUUUGUGCCAUAUUAAUAAAUUGCUGAUCCAGAAUGAAUUUUAUGACUAACCAAAUUAAAGUGUAACUCAAGGUGAGAUAGCUCAAGCUGACAUGUACAGAAUCAUCAUUUAUUUAUAUUGUUCUUUACUUAUAUUUUUUUGCACUGUAUAAUUUUGUUCAUUCCAUAUCUUAAAUUAAUGCUUUUUAGCUCACCCAAGCACCAAGUGCUCAGGGUGAGCUAUUGUAAUCAGUCAUCGUCUGGUGUCAUCCGUCCACAUAUUUCUUCAACCGCCAUCUCCUCUAAAACUGUGUGGUGGAGGUUGAUGAAACCCAACCUUAAAAUAAUUUUACGAAAAUGUUCGUUUGAUGACCCUUUUCAAAUAUUGUCAAAAUUAUUCUGAUUCCUCAAUGAACAUGGUGCCUGGGAGCGUGGUCUCUUCUCCCUGUAUGUAUGUAGUAGAAACUUUAAAAAUCUCCAGGUCAAAAACUGCUAGCCUGAAAUUGAAAUAUUUUCACACAAUUUAUCCUUGUGUGACACUCUACCAAGAUUAUCCAGAUUAUUCCAAUUUGUCAGAAAACAUGGCUGCCACAAUGCAUGGUCUCUUUUUUCACUAUGUAUAAAGUGAAAACUUAAAAAAACCCUUUAUGAAACUGCUGGCCUGAUUUUAAAAUAAUCCUCAUAAAGUAAUCAACAAAUGAUCCUCUACCAAUAUUACUCAAAUUAUUUUGAUUCAUUAGUAACCUUAGUCAUCGUUCUCCCAACAUCUCAUCCACCUCCCCCCAAUCCCAACACACACACACGCACAUUACCUGCCUCUAUAUAUUUAGUAGAAACUUUAAAAAUAUUCUUGUGGGAAAACACUGGCACUAAAAAUAAUUUCACAGACAUUUUCCUUACAUAACCAUCUACCAAAAAGUGAUCUAGGGCCACAGUGACUCUCUUCUUAUAAUUAUAUUAGUACAUUUUUGUACAGUUCACGAACAUUUUUUCAUAGAAAGACAGUUCAUAGAAAUAUGGCUUAUAUAUAUUUUUUGAAAUAACAAGGAACUUUUUAUGUGUUUUCAUGUUGAACAGUUUUAUAUUACCCCUACCAGACAAGUUUUGGACUUUCAUGGUGUAAAUAGGAAUUAAAUAUAGAAUGACACAAUAUUCUUUAGAUCUUUAAUGGUUUACAAAAGUUAUCCCUCAUUUCACAUUUUUAGUUCACUUGAGUUGAAGGUUCGGGGUGGGCUAUUAGUGAAGGUGGAUGGUCAUCAUUGUCCACAAUUUAGAUACUGUAAAACACUUUAAAUUCGCGAGAUCUUUAUUUCGCGAAUUUGUACCGAUAUUUGGCAUUUUAUUAUUUCGCGAAAUCUUAAAUUCGCGAUGUUAAAAUCGUAAUUUUAAAUUCGCGAAUGUGAAUCCGGAAGAAAACUGGAAGUACGACUGCAUUCGGUUACUUUCUGCAAUUAUGGUACCUGUAUGACAUCACUGUUAAAAGUUUAUUCUCCGGUCCGCUAGUGCGUGUUACGCUUUUUAUUGAUAGCAGAUUAAUGCCUUUAAUAUCUGAUAUAUGCUCACUGUUGUAUAGUCGUCAAUAAAUUGUUCCUUUCUUUUGUUAUUACGUAGCUUUAAUAUCCGUAACAUUUACAAGUGUUAGAAGUAUCAGAUUGGGUUUGAAACCAGCUAUAAUCGCAAUGUAAUUAAGUGCCGGUGAGCUCAUGGAGGAUGGAAGAAAAAGGUUCAAAACAGGUAAAAUAAAUAAGUUUAAACUAAAAAAUAUCAUGGCUCGACUGGGACUCCAUAUUUACAAUGAACGCUUGAUCUUUGAACAUUUAUUAUGCACCCAAUCAUUGCAAACUUUUCACUGUUUCUUUCAGUUUUGAAAAAAGUGUAAACCAUUGUAAAAUUGGUAAACAAUGGUACAUUUUGUAUAAUAAUUAUCUUCGUCUUUUGAAAAGGGAAACUGUUUUGUUAGGCGUGAAAAAUAAUUGCGUGUAUGUAUGCCAAUUUCAAGUUGUACAUGAAAGCGUGUUUUGAGGAGUUUUAUGUUAACGAAAUCGCCGUCCAAUUAAAGGAUAGUAACAUUGACUCUGUAAAUGUUGAUUUGCGCUUGUCCACUGUGAAACCACUGCACGCUAAAUGGCUUGUUAAAACCAUGCAGAAAAUUGAGAAUGACACUGAUAUGGUACAGCGUGGCUGGAUUCAGGCUGGAAUUCACGUCACAGCUUAAUUUAGAAUUACUAGUACUUAGUACAUGUACUAUAGUAUUGUAAUGGAAGAUAACUUUGUUUGAGCGGUCAUGUACAGUAACACCGUUAGUUUCUUCCCUUGUGCUGAUCGAUACAUAUGAAUUGGAUAAAUGUUUACUAUUAAAUAAUAAAGAUUAUACUUUGCUGUAUACAUGUAUAUUUUGUAUAUAAUAUAGUCAUUUAACCGUACUUGUUGAACCAUGGUGGAAUCAAGCAAAAUCACAAUAACUGAAUUUCGUAAGUGCGAACAUUUAUCAUUCAGACACUAUUUCGGACAUCAGCGAAUUUCGGAUAAACACAAACUGGUAAAGCUAUUUUUCGCGGUCACUUUGAAUUCGCGAGUACUUACCCUCGCGAAUAUUAGCGAAAAUUAAAUUCUCGCGAAUAAAAGGUGUUUUACAGUAAACAUCUUUUCUCUGAAACUAUUGCUUAGAAUUACACCUGGCUUGCUUGACAAGGUCCUCUCUUAAGGUUCUACAAUGUUUGUGCAUGACCCCUUUUAGGGGGCACUAGAGCUAAGAACAGAAAAUUCUGCAAGCUAUAUUGAUGUCAAAAGAGAUACUCAGCUUUUUAAAUAUGAAAGGAGUUGAGUAGGGUUUAAUUACAAAAUUUUAUUAAACCAACAGUUUCUAAUAGGAUCUAACACUAUGUAAUGGGUCUUAUUGUUUCUUAAAUAAAUGGCUAACAUAAUAUACAUAAAAUAUGAAAAAUGUCAUAUGUUUUUUAAAUGCAGUUUAGCACCUUUAAACAAGCCUUUUAGUGGGGGGUGCACAUCACCUUCAGCUAUAGCUUUUGUUUUAUUGGGUAGUAAGUUUUCCAUUUCAUGUUAGCUUUUUCAACUUAAUGACUUUAGUAAGGAAUGUUGGGACUAAGCUGAUAUCCGUUUAAAAACAACAGUGUGUAUAUGUACGCAGAGAAUGUUUUUUUAUGAGUGAAUCCUUUAUUUCUUUUAGUUGAGGAUACCAGUUCACUGUAUUUGCUUGAUUAAGUACAGUGGGGCCUCCAUGGCCUAAUGGUUAAUGUCGCUGACUUUAGACUUGAACUUGUCACACACCAGUGUGGGUUCAGAACCUGGCUUGGGUUGUAGAAUUGUUAUGUGAGAAAGCCAUCCAUCUGGCUUGUGGAAUGUUGGUUUGCAAGUGAUAAAUAAUGGCCAGAGUGACAUCUUGUGUCUUCCUCCAUUGUCAAAGCUGGAUAAGUUACCAUAUAGCCUAAAUUAUGUCUCCACUGUCAAAGCUGGAUAAGUUACCAUAUAGCCUAAAUUAUGUCUCCACUGUCAAAGCUGGAUAAGUUACCAUAUAGCCUAAAUUAUGUCUCCACUGUCGGAGCUGGAUAAGUUACCAUAUAGCCUAAAUUAUGUCUGUGAGACUCUAAACCCCCACAAAAAACAAAAUAAAACAAAGCAGAUAAGCAUAAUUUCCCCUUUUGUUCUUGUUUAGCAUGACAAGUGUUUUAAAUAAUCAAGGAUUACUGUGCCAGCUGUCUUGUUUUUCUGAAGAGUUAUGGUCUUGGAUUUAACAUAGUAAAACACUUUAUAGGAAUUUUGCACUCUUUAUUUGAGAAUAAUAAAUGCUUCAGUUAAGCAAAAAGCUGAAAAUAUGAAAUUUUGACACGAGUUGAAUUACACACAGGAACACUGCAUUGUUUUUGAUCAUUGAGCGUAUUUAGGUAAAAACAGGCAAAAAAAGUAAUCAUACAUGAUAUACUGUGAUUUGUACAGCACCCCUUGUCCAAGUCAUUUAUUAUGAUUGUUAAUGGUUGUAUUAUUUGUUGUUUUGUUAGUGAUUGUAUAAGUAAAAACAAAUGUUUUGUGUAUAGAUCUGUUGCACAUUUGUAAAAUGGAUUAUUUAUUGGUCCUGCUGCUAAACUGUGUUUUUCUGAUUAAAGUAGAAUAGAAAAGUCAGAAGUACUUA